CAUUUAUCAAAAGAGAGAACUCUUUCUUUUCUCUCUUUCUCUCUCUCUUUAUGCCUCCAAGCUUAAAAGAAAUCAAUAAAGAAGUACAAUUGCUUCAAAACAAGCUCUUACAAGAAACCAAUCAACUCUUGGAUCAAUUGGAUCAGAUACAAAAUGUGUUGUUUAGUCAUGGUGGACCUGUCUUGUCUAGAAAAAGAAAAAGAACGCCUAUUCAAUCAUUAGAACAACAAGGCUAUCAAAUUCAUUAUGAAUAUCAUGAGUAUCUCAGCAAGUUGAAAGAGUUUUCUGAACAACAAAAAGCGGUGUUAAUGUCCAUCAGGGAAGGCUUAAUGGGACUCAUCCAUCUUGAGUUCAAUAAGGGUCAAGAUGCACACAAAAUAUUGAUGGUCAGCAGUCAACUCUUAAACACAAUCCAAAUGUUUGACAAGCAACAUCCAGUGCUUCCUAGCCUGGAUGCCUGUAAACGCAUUGUGGCUCAAGAAAUCAAUCGAUGGUUUCAGACAGCAUCUUUCCCAGAUUUAGAAAAAGAAGCAGUUAAGGCUUUGACAACCACCAGUCUUUCUUUGGCCAUAAUGGAUACUGCAAAUGCUAUUUUUCAGUAUCCUAUUUGGACUUCUCUUGGUGUAACAAGUGGUGCCCUUGCUAUUGGUGUCAAUGCUGCUUAUCAAGUAUCUGAUUAUACUCAUCAAGAGAAAAACAAUUUGUUGUCUGGCCUUGGUGCAUUUGAGUGGUGUUUGUUUGAUAUGGAACACAUUUUGAAUUUCUUGCAUGAUACUACCACCAAGACAUUAAAGCAGUUUAAAAUGUGUGUUGAGUCCAUUUCUUUGACCAUGAAGUAUCAAGAUGAUGUACUGAAAAGCGCAGUGGUUGAUGCUGAACAUCAAUUAAACGCUACAGACGAAUUCUAUGCUGUUUAUGACAGGAUUUCUGAUAGAGCAGAUCGAUAUGCCAAGGCUAUCAAGCUCUCCUAAAUUCUUUUUGUAAAAAAUAAAAC